CUAAACAGUAAGCAAGGUCGACACUGACGUACUUUAUUAAGUUUGCUUGAUAUCGGGGGCCUUCUUUUUUAAAUUUGUUUGGAUACAUGGCACUAAACGAACGCUUCCAAAAAUUGGAAACCUUCCUUAAAGAUUUCAAGAUCGUCGAUCCGUCUACGUUGUCUUACGGUACUGCCGGGUUUCGUCUGCCAGCCGAUAAAUUAGGCGGUGUAGCGAUUCGAUUAGGUAUACUGGCAUGCAUUAGAUCAUUAAACUUGCAAUGUAGGGCAGUGGGUGUAAUGAUAACUGCCUCUCACAACCCACCGUGUGACAAUGGAAUGAAGCUAGUUGAUCCCCAUGGUGGUAUGUUGGAUGCUGAGUGGGAACCAGUCGUAGUUAAUUUCAUGAGUUGUCGUGAUGAAUCUGUCUCUAAAUGGUUAUCGGAACAUUGUCGCGAUCCUCAAGAUAACCAAUUACCUCAUGUUGUUUUGGGUUAUGACAGUCGUGAAAGUUCUCCAGCUUUAGCAAACGAAGUUAAACAAGGUGUUCAUGUCAUGGAUGGUAUUUGCCAUGAAAUUGGACUGGUGACUACUCCACAGCUUCACUACUUUGUUCAAUAUAUUAAUUCAAUCGGUAGCCUACAUCUCAAUCAACUCAUCGAAUUAGAAACUAUUUACGUUCAUCAUUUUGCUGAACGUUUCACUACCGCGUUAGAAAAUUUAAAAAGUUGUACUGAGUCAAUACAUCUAAAUGUAGACUGUGCACAUGGUGUUGGUUCUAAAGUUUUGGAACGUUUUCGUUCAUACUUUUCAUCUGUCAAGUGUCUGCGUAAAUUAAUCUUACACUUAUAUAAUACAGAUACUGAGAAUAAGGAGUUGCUGAAUCAGGAUUGUGGGGCUGAUUUUGUUAAGAUUACAUUACAUGCACCGAAGUUAACUCCGCCGAAUGAACAGUCUAUGAUGUAUCCGGAUCGAUGGGCAACUAUUGAUGGAGAUGCUGAUAGAUUAAUUUAUUUUCGGCCAGUUUUUACACACUGUUCACCAUCUUCGGGUGAUGAUGAUAAGUUAAAUAAUGGUAUAAAAAAAUUGCAUGUAACUGGAGGUGUAUCUCAACCAGUUGAAAUUCUGGACGGUGAUCGUAUAUCGUGUCUGUUUGCUCAUUUUCUUGUUAAAGUUCUCAAGUCCAUAUCAUCCGAUCAUAAUUUAACUAUUGGGGUUAUACAGACAGCCUAUGCAAAUUCUGCGUCUACACGUUAUUUAACCGAAAAUCUACAUGUAUCAGUGGUUUGUGUUCCGACUGGAGUAAAACACUUACAUCAUGCAGCGCAAGGCUUUGAUUUUGGAAUUUAUUUUGAGGCUAACGGACAUGGAACUGUAUUAUUUUCUAAACAUGUUUUAAACUUUGUAGAAAAUUUAAAUGUGAAUAAUCCACUACGUACAUUUAUUGAUUUAACAAAUACUUCAAUUGGUGAUGCUAUCACUGAUAUUCUAUUAGUAGAAUAUACAUUAGCUUGGUUAAAUUGGUCAUUUAAUAAUUGGUUUUCAAUGUAUGAGGAUUUACCAUCGAAGCAAUUGAAGGUUACCAUAGCUAAACGUGAUCUGAUACAAGUUACAUGGGAUGAAAGACGUAUAACAAGUCCAAUUGAAUUACAAGCUGCUAUUGAUGAAGCUGUUCAACAAGCUGAUAAAUUAGUCAAUAAAAUUGGUAUAUCACGUGCAUUCGUUCGUCCGUCAGGCACAGAAAACGCUGUACGUAUUUAUGCUGAAUCAUAUACACAUGAAGCAACUGAUUGGUUAGCAGCAACAGUUGCCGUAAUAACUUAUCAACUAGCCGGUGGAAUAGGUCCUCAACCAGCACUUCCUAAACCUCUUCAUCAUUUGUAAUUAAUUAUUUAAUCAACUUUUUUUGUAUCUUACUCACUGAAUAAAUGUAUUGAUAGGUAUUCUUUCGUUUAUUUUCUUGCUUCACUCAAUUGUAUGCAGUUAUUUUGUCGUUAUCUGUGAUUUUUUGAAAAUGUUACUCUCUUUCCUCUGUUUUCCUAUCCAUUAUCUCUGAUGAUAACAAUCGAGAAGUUAUAUUAUUUUAUCAUGAGAUACUGUGUAUUACAAUGUGUAAUGUAGAAUAUUUACAAUAAAUCAAUUUCAUGCAAAUCAA